AGAGCCCUCUACAGGGACGUCAUGCAGGAGAACUAUGAGAUGGUGACCUCGCUGGGAUUCCCCAUUCCCAAACCUGACUUGAUCGCCCGGCUGGAACAAGGGGAAGAGCCAUGGAUCCCGGAUCUCCAGGACUCCAAGGAAAGGGAGAGCCCGAGAGGCACCAGCACAGCAGGUGAUAGGACAGUGAGUGAGAACAAGGAGGAGAAUCAGCAGCAGGAAGGUCCUGAGAAAGUGGAACUGCAGGAGACAUUUUUGAGAAGAGCUGAAGGGAAUUUUUCCCAGGGCUUGGAACAGGGAAAUGCCUGGGGAGAUCGACAUAGAUCAGAGAUGCAGCUGGGAAAGUUUCCCGGGAAGAAACUGGAUGAAUCCAUUCAACUUGGCAGAGGAUGCAAGGAUCCCAAGGAAACCACAGUCCAGCAGACAAGUCACAAUGAAGAGAAACCCUAUGAAUGCCUUGACUGUGGAAAAAGAUUCCGUUUUAGUGCAAAACUUAGUACACAUCAGAGAACCCACACAGGAGAGAAGCCCUAUAAAUGCUUGGACUGUGGGAAGAGCUUCAGUAAGAAGCCAAGUCUUAUUAUACACCAGAAACCCAAUACAUGCCUUGACUAUGGAAAAAGUUUUAGCAAAAGUUCAUCCCGUAUUAAAAAUGUGAAAAUCCACACAGGAGAAAGACCCUAUAAAUGCCUUGAGUGUGGGAAAAGUUUCCGUUUGAAAUCAACUCUUAAUAUGCAUCAGAAAACCCACACAGGAGAGAAACCCCAUAAAUGCUUGGACUGUGGGAAAGCUUUCAGUCAGAACUCAUACCUUAUUGAACAUAGGAGAAUCCACACAGGAGAGAGACCGUAUAAAUGCCUUGAGUGUGGGAAAAAUUUCAUUUGUCGUUCACACCUUGCUAAACACAGGAGAAUCCACACGGGUGCCAAACCCUAUAAAUGCCUCGACUGUGGGAAAAGUUUCAUUGACAGUACAAAACUUAUUAGACAUCAGGCAAUCCACACAGGAGCGAGACCCCAUAAAUGCUUGGACUGUGGGAAAAGCUUCAGUAAGAAGUCAAACUUUAUUAGACACCGGAGACUGCACACAGGAGAAAAACCCUAUAAAUGCCUUGAGUGUGGGAAAAGUUUUAGUCAAACUUCAAACCUUAUUUCACAUCAGAGGACCCACACAGGAGAGAGACCCUAUCAAUGCCUUGAGUGUGGGAAAAGUUUCAGUUUGAAAUCAACCCUUAAUACACAUCAGAAAACCCACACAGGAGAGAAAACCCAUAAAUGCCCUGACUGUGGGAAAACUUUCAGUCAGAGCUCACAGCUUACUAAACAUGGGAGAAUCCACACAGGAGAGAGACCAUAUAAAUGCCUUGACUGUGGGAAAGAUUUCAAGGAAAGUUCAUCCCUUACUAAACAUAGGAGAAUCCACACAGGAGAAACACCCUACAAAUGCCCUGAGUGUGGGAAAAGUUUUAGUCAGAGCCCACACCUUAUUGCACAUCAGAGAAUCCACACAGGAUUACGACCCCAUAAAUGCCCUGAGUGUGGGAAAAGUUUCAUUUGCCGUUCAAACCUUAUUAAGCAUCAGAAGAUCCACACUGGUGACAAAUCCUAUAAAUGCCUCGAUUGUGGGAAAAGUUUCCUUGACAGAACAAAACUUAUUACACAUCAGGCAACCCAUACAGGAGAAAGACCCCAUAAAUGCUUGGACUGUGGGAAAAACUUCCUUCAGAAGUCACAACUUAUUAGACACCAGAGAGUGCAUACAGGAGAGAGACCCUUUAAAUGCUUUGACUGUGGGAAAACUUUCAGGCAGCACUCACACCUUAUUACUCAUCAGAGAAUCCACACAGGCGACAAACCCUAUAAAUGCCUUGACUGUGGGAAAAGUUUUGUUUACAGAACAAAACUUACUAAUCAUCAGAAAACCCACACGGGAGAGAAACCCCAUAAAUGCUUGGACUGUGGGAAAACUUUCAGUCAGCGCUCAUACCUUACUCGACAUGGGAGAAUCCACAUGAGGGAGAGACCUUAUAAAUGCCUUGAGUGUGGGAAAAGCUUCAGUAAGAGCUCGGAGCUCACCAAACAUCAGAAAAUCCACAAAGGUGAGAGACCCCAGCAAUAGCCUGACUGCAGAAGAUGAUUCAGCUUGACUUCACACAUCAGUGAUCCACAAAACAGAGAGACCUUGAAUGUGGGAGAAGCUUCAUUUGAUGCUCCCGGAGUAUCGGGCAUCAGCAAAUCCACACAGGGAAGAAACCUCUGAGAUGUUCUCAGCGUGGAAAAUGCUCCAAGUGGAACUAACACCACAAUGGACAUCAGAGACUCCUCCGCACAGCAGGGAAAUUCUCUCAGGGCCCUGACUAGGGCUGGCCAUGGUGACAAACCCGUUUCCUCGUUCUCACACACAUCGGGGUAUUUGGCUCCCAAGGAUCCAGCUGCCCAUCGCUGGGGUGAGGAGCCAACAACAACCGAGCAUCAGCUGGUCAGUGACCCACUGGCUCUGCCUGGUCUAAGCAAACCCCAGGCAGAGGAGGAGACGCCCCGAUCAGCCCCUCCCCCCUGCUGCAGCCCUGGCUGCUGAGCUGAUGGGCCACAGGUGGGGGAAGGGAGAGAGAGAAACUCCACCAGCCGCUCCCUCUGUCUGGCUGAAGUUCCCCCCUCUCCCUUCCCCUCCCAGCCGGGAUCCCCCUGCCAUGGAGAUGAGGAGAAGGACACUUGGGCCAGGCCCCACCUUCACUCUACACACCUGUCCCCAGCCCCUGAGAUGGGCUCCCCCACUUACCUGGAGCUGUUCCCUGCAGGGGGAGUGUCCCUGGGGGCUGGUAACUCCUCCCCUCCCCUCAUCCCCCAGGGCGCUGGGUUCUGGGGGGAUCAAAUGUAAAGGCACCAGGGCGAUGGGUUCUUGGGCAGACACUGGGGAUUGAAUGGUUGGGGCUGAUGGAGCUGGGAAGCAGGGGGAGCUGGGUGCUGGAGCUAUCAAGUGUUUGGGGAUUGUGGGAUAAGAGGUGAGGGAGAGCACAGGGGCAGAGAGGUGCUGCCUCUCCUCACUCACCCCCUUGGCCCCUUCUACCUGCCCCCUCUGCAUUCAGACAGUGCCACUGAGAGGAACUGAUUUCCACAGGGCCUUUUGUCAGAGGCCUGGAGAUCCCACCUCUGCCUCCGCAGCAUCAGCCUCCGAGCGUCUGUCUAUGGUAGGAAUCAUGGUCAGGAUUAGCCAGCACAUCUCUGUGACCCUGCACCAGAUUUCCUAGUGUAAAUUCACCCCGAGCAUCUUAUGUGUAAGGCUAAGAGUUUGUCAUGGAUAUUUUUAGUAAAACUCAUGGAGAGAUCACAGGUAAUAAAGAAAAAUUCACAGAAUCCCAUGACCUGUCCAUGAGUUUUAUUAAAAAUAUCCGUGACAAAAUGGGGAGGGAGAAGGCUCCAGCACCCAUCGCUGCUUGGGUCCGGUGUCCCUUGACUGCUUACUAAUGUGUUCUAACUCUCUCCCAUUAGGAGAGUGUUCAUUAGUCCCUGAAUUUCCCCUUUGGGGCCGGAUUGUCUCAUUCCUAGAUAGUCUAACAUUACUCCGGGCCAGGCUGAAAAGCAUUUAGUUUUUGUACAUUUUCUCCCUUAUGAAGCAGAAUUAACUAGAUUCUAAAAGAAUGUGGAGCAGGGACAGUAAAAUGUGGUGUUUUACCUUCUUUGCUAUUUUAGGGUGAAGGGGUGAGUCUGAGGGUUUUCCUCCUUCCCCCAUCACUGUCACCCUCCACUCUCCACACAGCAGCCUCUGUCUCAGCAAUGCAGAGUUUUAUCAUGACCCAGUUCUACCCCUCUGCGUCCCAAUGUCACUUACCACCAUGUCCCUGGCUAUCCAUGCUUAGGAAUCACAGUUUUGAUGUCUAUGAUCCUAAGUCAGACUCCUGAGGGCUUGGGAAGACAGUGUCCCAGACCUAGGAGUGGGCAGGGAAAUCCCAAUGAACCUCAAAGCACAGUUUGACCUUUCAG